CACCAUCUUCAUCAAAACAAAUCGUUUGUUUUUAUUCUUGUUCGCUAUCGAUUUCAUAUGCAAAAGAAAGAAAAGUGUUUUUUGCAAUGAUUCAGCUAGUUGUUUGUUUAAAUAUUGCUAUGUUGUGAAACCUCCAGCUCCUAAAGAAUGAAUUCUCCCGAGGGUAAUGUAUACUCGCCACCUUCAAGUGACGGAGCGGAAGAAGAUGGAUACAUUGUGGAGGCCUUGGACGAUUAUACUGAUCCUGAAUAUGUAUACGAUGGCGAGAUGACUAGCGAGGAUUUGAAUCAGGAAUCAGGACCUAACAAUGCAGAGGGGGACAGUGGAAUCGACCCGACAUCAAUCCCAGGCUGCUCGACCAAAACCAAGAAGAUUAAGUUGAAUGCAUCAGCUGCUAACUUCACUCUUAACGGGCAGUUCUACAGACGCAGAUUUGUUGGGGAAACAUCUGGAGGAUUAGUUGCAACCAGACAGAUUUCGGGAAACACUGUUAACGAAAUCUUAACAGGCAUCUGGGAAACGUCUAAAACUGUUUUGUGUCGCGAAGUGAUUUUUAUUGAAAACAACGGAGUGCAAGUUCCAACAUGGGCUGAUGAAGAACCAGUGUUCGAGGACAUGACCAAGUUCAUUGUUCUUCAGGACCAAAGCCAGAAAAAGCGAGUGAACAUUGAAAAGGUGAAUAGCAAACUACUUGCUAGCUGGAGAUCGAAACAAAUACGCAUCCACGUGCAUGUUUAUUCUACCUCAAUUUCAUGCAAGUCGCUGUGGGAAGUUGUCGAAAAGCAGCUGGUGCGUCAUCAAAAUGCGGAUAGGUCAGGUGCGCCAAACACCCAGGCUUUAACUUCAUUGGCUGAGGAACUUCGACGUAAACAUGAUCAUCAUUUUCAAGCCCAAUCAAGUGCGUGGAGAUUGUGGGCGAACUACAUCCAUGCAGGGCCGGCACACGAACGCGACCAUAGGAUGUCUCAAAUGCCACCACAACAUCUUCUAAAAUUCUUUCGGAGCGUUCCGAUUUCCGAAGCUGUCAAGUUAGAGUCUGUUCGGAGUGGCUUGACUGUGGCCAACACAAUCAACCAAGGGUUUGUUUCGGCGUUGGAAGCACUGAAGGAAGAUGCUGAACAGCUGCUGUUUAUGGCACAGCGCCUGAAAAAUCGUGUAGUGGAUUUGCGCACUCGAACGUCAGUAAAUUCAAGCCUUGUGGAUGCUAUGAGUUCUGCAGUAAGACCCGAAGAAAAUGAGUUUAGUCGCAUUAUUUCUGGAAACGUUUCGGAUAUGUUAGAUGUUGAUCAUAUGUAA